AUGAAAUACAUUCUUUUUCUGAUUGCUUCGAUAAUGGCUACGCUUUCUCAAGAAAACCUGGGUAGUGUGAUCAUUUCGAUCCGAAAGCUGCAUGAGAAAACACCGUACAGUACAUUCUACGAGGUACUUGGUGUAUCUGAGGCAUCCGACAUCGGCACGAUUAAGAAGCAAUAUCAAAGAAUUAUGAGGAAUAAGGCUCUAUUUCCUGAAAUCAACAAAAGAGAAGACGCAAUUGCAAUUGUAACUGAGGCAUACAACAUCCUUAAGAACAAGAAAGACACAUAUGACAUGGUUCUUUCAAACUCAUACAUGUAUCUUGGAAACAAGAAAAACUUCAACAAUAACUUUUAUUUACUUCUACUAUCUGGAAUGGCUUCUUCAAUUACCAUAAUCGCAGCUGUCUUUGCAUUCAAACGCCUCAUGUCCAUGCAGGCACCUAAAAAGCAUAAGAACAGCAAUAGCAAAAAUAGUACUUUAAAAAAAGAAUCUUUAACAAAUGUUCAUGCGCCUAGCUCAUCAAAGUCUUCGAUUAAAUCCAAGAUAUGA